GUGUGUAUAUCACUUGCUUAUUUGACUCCAGAGAUCUCUAAAAUGGAAAAUAAGUGGAAAAUGCAAGGCUACAACCAUCUAUCUGAGCUUGCAAUUAGGGUUUCAGGAAAAUAGGGCCUUUGCCUGAACAUUCCAAAACUGCCUCCACCACAAUUGGAACUCUUACUGCUCAAGACUGUUGUUGUAAACAUGGGCUCAAGUGAUCCAAAACUAUCCAGUGAGGAUGUAACGAUCUCAUCUGCAGGCGUAAUUAGGGGAAUUGAAGAGGUAGAUGAGGGAAAUGGAUGGAUUGUUGUCGGUGGAGAAGAAACUGAUGCACGAGACACCAUAUCUAGCUCUUAUUCUCAUAUGGUUGAAUCUGAGUUUCGUGAAUAUCAAGUGUUGGGAAAUCAGCAAGAUUCGAUGACUGAGAAUGUAGAAGAAGUAGGGCAAACUUGUGCCUCGAAUCAAUCCUCUUAUUUCCACAUAGGACCAGUUUCGGAGGAAGCUCAAAAUAAUCUUGAGGAUUUUCAACACCAUGGGAUGGAUAGACGCAGCCUCCAACUCGAAGAUAAUCCUUAUACUGUAAUAAGUAGGCCAACCCAAAGUCCUUCGAAUAGUGGUGGCUCCAAAUCACCUUUGGACAUACCAUGCACUCCCAUCAAGGGGAAAGAGACUGAGAAAAAUCAGCCUCUGCAUCCUCAAAGUAGGAAUGAUACUGUAAAUAUUCCCAAGCCUUCGGGUAUUGGCUUGCACCUGAAUAGUAUCAUCAAUGUUUUGCAAGCUGGGUCAGGUGCAAUAGUGCAUACAAAAUCUGCUCAGACCUUUAACUUCAGCAUACAAGGAUCGAAGUCCGCACGCACAAUCAACUCUCAUCUCUCUGAUGCAUCAAAAAGUUCUGCAGUAUUCUCUCCUGUUGAGAAUGUUUCAGCAUGCACUGAUGAUAGUGGGCCUAAAAUCCAUGACUCUGCAGCAGUUAAUUCUGUUGCAUCUUUACCUUCUGUGAUUACUGAAUCUUCUAACAGACCUGUAGCCAACCAAUCAGCUCAAGGUAACAAGAGGGUGUAUACUGAUAUCAACACAAAUGACAUUUCAGAGGAACUCAAUUCAAACCCCAAAAAGAAAAGGAAGAGAUCUUCCGACUCCAAUGAUGGUGAUGGUUGCAAAAGGUGCCAUUGUAGGAAGAGUAAAUGCCUAAAGCUGUAUUGUGAUUGCUUUGCUGCUGGGUUAUACUGUGCGGGAUCGUGUGCUUGCCAAGGGUGCUACAACAGACCCCAAUAUGAGGACAAAGUUAUUGAGUCACGGAAACAAAUUGAAUCACGGAAUCCUCUUGCAUUUGCGCCGAAAAUUGUAAAACAUGUCACUGAGACACCUGCAAGCAGUCCUGGGAUUUUUUCACAGGAAGAUGAAACACUCCUCACACCCUCCUCGGCAAGGCAUAAGAGGGGGUGCAAUUGCAAGAAGUCCAUGUGUCUCAAGAAGUACUGUGAGUGCUAUCAUUCAAAUGUUGGUUGCUCAGAUGGAUGCCGAUGUGAAGGAUGUAAAAAUGUGCACGGACGAAAAGGAGAAUAUAGCUUGGAAAAGGAUAUCUUGAACAAGGAAGGCACUUCUGAAACAACAGAUGGCACAAAUGGUGGUUCAAGUCAUUCCGAGCUGACUCCUCAAACACCAACAGUACAGUUCAAGAAGGAUGUCCGAGAAGGAAGUCUGCGUCCCAGACGGUGUUUCCAGUCACCUGAAUCUGGUGUAAUCUCUGUAACGCCAAAUGCCAUGACCUCGUUGUCACCUAUAAACUUAGACGACAACUCCAUGAUUUCAGAAGCUGCUCUGGAAGAUCUGGAUGUAGUAUCUUCCCAGGAGGAAUUGUUUCUUAACACUGUAGAAACUCCUGGUGAAUUCUCAUCAGUUCGCCACCAAACUGGCAAGAAAGGGAUUCCUGGAGGUACCAAUCACUAUUCUCCUGUUGGUUCGCUUAGUUUGCUUCGGUCACCAGGCACCCCUAUGGCCCAGUCUAGUGCAAGUAGACAACUGAAGGUAAUCGACCUUGAUGGUGAGCCAUCCAACAGCAUGCAAGAUGAUACACCGGAUAUAUUGAAGGACAGUCAUGCACCACAAAAUGCUGUGAAAUCAAGCUCCCCAAAUAAGAAACGUGUUUCCCCUCCUCAUGCUCUGCGACAUGGGCCUGGUUUGUCCCUGAAUGGCCUGAGAACCGGGCGCAAGUUUAUUCUGAAAUCCAUACCCUCAAGCGCAGGUUCCAAGAGAGGCGCACCACAAUAGAGAGAUAGCCUUCAAGAUGGUUCCAGCCAUAGAUGAUCAAAACUGAGAUACAAAAGGUGCCAUGGUUAAUGUCUGAAGGAAGUCUUCAAAAGAGCUGUGACUAUUCAUUCCAUUGAUCCAUUGAAGAGCUUAAUUAUCGGAUGAUGCACACUUUAAACAUUGUGGUUAGAGCGUUGGCUCCCAAAUUCUGCCCCAGAUUAAUUUACUUGAACUACAUUGUGGAUUGUUUAUGAUAUCUUUCCAUAACUUAUUUUCUUGGAAACUCAUAGACCUUUUACUGCACUAAUAAAGGCCCUAGGUGGGAACAAUUGAUGCAA